AAUGGGUACCUCGUAAGGAUGGGAAAGCCGUAGUAACUCGGUGCGCCUAGUUGCUGCAAGAGUUAAUAUGAUCCCGAGGGAGCUGAGAUUGAUAAAACGAUGGGCCGUUGAGAUUGACGUCCAAUCAUCGAGGAAAAAAUACCAGCACCUUGAGCAUGUACUAGUUGUGCGGAUAUUUACGCUGUAUACAUAUCCUAUAAUAAUAACUCUUUUUCGCUUAUCUCUUUAUUUCUUUUACGCUACUAGUCGGAUGGGGCGCGAAGCUCUCCCUCAGUAUAACCUAUCAAGAGCAUUAUAUCUGCAUUCUGUUUCAACAUGAAUACACUCUGGCAACCCACCAACCCGUCCCCAGAUACCCCCACCCAAAUCCCCCCCUCACCCGUAUGCUCCAUUCCGUGUCAAUAACGCAGGAUUAAAUUGUGUUACAUACAGAACCAGUCUUCAGAUAUGAACGAUGACAACCAUUCUGUUCCUGUUAGUACUUUUCAUGUACCAAUCGACCGCUGAUUCCAACUGUCUUUGGGCCUGUUCUGAGUGUGUACCAGGGUGGUAUGGCGUCCACUGUGACAAAAGAUGUAUUGGUGUUUGUGACAGUGGUGGCUGUCAUAGGGACUCAGGAAAAUGCCUACAGUGCCAGGGCGGCUACUACUCAUCCAACUGCACACGUAAAUGCCCGCUUCACUGCCGGGAGAACAAUGACGGACAUGCUCACUGUCAUCGAGCGACAGCACACUGUUUAGAACAUUGUGAUGGAUGGUGGGGAGAUAGAUGUGACCGAGCCUGUAGUGAAGGAUGUGUGGACAGCUCGUGCUACUUCUGGGAUGGGACCUGUAACAAGGGCUGCCGUCAUGGAAGGACUGGUGACGACUGUGACACAAGAUGUCCAAGCGGUUGCCGUCAUAAUGUAUGUGAGCCAUCUGGAAAAGGUAGAUGUAGAGGAUGUAACCACGGCUUUCAUGGGCAUCACUGUGAUCGACCCUGUGACAGCCGCUGUAGGGGCAGGGAAUGUGUUUAUGACCAUGAAGUAAAGUCUGCAGUUUGUACUGAGGGGUGCGUCGACGGGUGGAUGUCCUCCGACUGCCAGAAGAAGUGUCCACCCAACUGUCAGGCUUGUCUACAGGAGUCUGGACAUUGUUCCCGAUGUUCUCACGGUUACUGGGGUAUGGACUGUGCCAAUGAGUGUAGUUCCACGUGUUCUGAGAGGACAUGUGAUGAGGAUGGGAGGUGCUUUGCAUGUCAACCUGGUAACUAUGGAAACACUUGUGACAGAUACUGCGGGACUGAUUGUACCAUGUGCGAAAUGAAGAACACAGACGGUGUAUGUGAUGACGUGUGCGCGGCGCUGUGUCUGAACAACUCAAAUGGAACACGGUCUCCUUCUGCAGUCCAGACAUAUGAGAGAAAUACAUCCGACAGAUGUGGAGAAGAAUUUCUGCUUCCUCUUGUCACGGUACUCUUCCUGAACAUCUUUGUAUUCAUGAUGUAAAUGAAAUGUUAUUGAAUUAAAGAUGUCUUGUUUCUGGUCA